AUGAUCACACCAACAGCACCACCUUUUGGGUUGAAAUCUCAACCUUCUUCAUCAUCCCCUUUUUGGGUUAAAAUCUCAACCUUCUUCAUCAUCUUCUUCCUCCUCUCUUACUUGUCCCACUAUCUCCAGCCCACUGUUCAAAACCAAGCAGGUUCUUAUCAAAGUGAACCCCAGGAGUUCCAAGAUCAGGCUAAGAUAUAUGUUCCAGACGAUGGACAGCUCAAGUUAUCAACAUGGAAGAAAGAAGAAAGGGGGGAAAGUGUUGAUCAUCACCACGAGGAUAGUUCUUAUAUGUGGAUGCCUUCAAAGAUGAGGAUUUUGAGGAAGAGGAUGCUCGGAUUUAUCAAAAAGCUCGACGAAAUUCGAAGAGGAGAAGGGUUCGGAUCAAUCAGCCCUCAUCAUCUCCGGAUAACAGCAGCAUCUCUUCCCAUUAUAACAACAACAACAAAUUGUGCUGAUUGCAAUACAACAAAGACUCCUCUUUGGAGGAGUGGUCCUAGAGGUCCCAAGAUAAAGUCAGCUGCUGAGAAAUCUAUAUCAUUACCCACAGCAAAGUCAUUUGGAUCUUCUAUUUUUGUUGCAAUUACAUUAGUUCAUCUCUUUUCCUUUUUGUAA